GAAAACUUUCUCUCUCUUCAAUCUUGAUUUUGGAUUUUAAAAAUACUCGAAACUCCAAAACCUUACGAGGAAUUCCGCGCCAUCAUCAUUAUCGUCAAUAAUUCAUGGCCUUGCCCUCUUCUUCACCGGCCGCCGAUACUCCUAAUAACGCCGCCGCCGCAGGAUCUACUACCGCCGCUGCGGCAAGUAACGUUGCUCUCCCACUCCCGCGAUUCUUCAACAGUCCGCCUCCGUUGUCGCAAUCGAGAGAAUACCCUAGAAAUCCAUCGCCACAACAGCAUGUCCAUUAUCAACAGCAGCAACAACAACAACGGGUCUAUGCUUCUCAACAGUUUUCAAAUCUGGCUCCGAGGAUGCCUCCAAAUGCUAUUCACAGUCAAUUGACCAAACCUCACGAUCCGGCUCAAGGGAUCCUAUACCCAGUUGCUUCAUCGGGUCGAGGAUUCAUGGCGGCGGCGAAUAUUCGGUCACAGUCACCAGAUCAGACGGUGACGAUCGUGAAUCCGGGCAAUUAUCCGUCUCGUCCGUUGGGUGGACCGGCGCUGUUUCAUCAUCUGGGUCGGCCAAUUGGAAUUCAAUAUCAGGAUAUGCCGGGUCAAGCUGUGCAAUUUGUUAGGCCCAGUCAAUUGCAGCUUAACCCGCUUCUUGGUUCUCCUCCCAGUAGUGUAAUGCCCUCCAUGGUAAAAGGGGUUCCUGUAUCUGUUCACUCCAAGGUUUUUCCAUAUCAGCCUUCUGUUUCUGAUUCUAAUGUCUACAAGGACAUAAAUGAUAAAGGCAAGGAUGACACAUUUUUGACAGUCAGAGAUCGAAGAGUCAGGAUCUCUGAAGGAUCUUCACUUUAUGCUCUUUGUCGGUCAUGGGUGAGGAAUGGCUUCCCUGAAGAAAGUCAGCAUCCACAAUGUGCAGAUGGCACAAGAUCAUCACUUCCAAAACCUUUAGCUAUACCAGAAUCAGAUUCAAAUUCACCAGAGAAAAAUGAUGAUGUUAUGGAUGAAGAGGAGGAGGAAGGAUCCGUUGAUAACCUAUUGACGGAAGAAUUGUUGAUGAGACAUGUUAAACGGGCUAAAAGAAUCCGAUCAAGGCUAAAGGAAGAAAGACUUCACCGAAUUUUGAGGUACAAAAAUCGUCUUGCCCUUCUCCUUCCACCCCUUGUGGAUCAAAAUUGUGGAUCAACAACAGAUAAGAAAUGAUACAUCUAUCUGAUGAGACUCAUAGCUCUCUUCUCUGAGCUUUCAAUAUCCAACUGCCACUUUCAUCUUGUUGUAAAACAGUUUGGUGAUGAUAGUAAAGGGCUGCAAUUGAUUCAAUCUCAAGAUGGAUUUGUAUCUAUAAGCUAUAGAGGGUCUUGAUUUUAUAAAUUUUUUUUUUGUACAACUCAAAUUUGUAUUGAGUUUUAGUAUGCAUUUGUUAGGUAACUGCUGUUGUGGAUCAUUUAGUUACAAACCUCCCUUUCAACUUCCCAAAUAUAUUCAUAGUAUUCUCUAAUA